AUGUUUGCCCGUGACACCGAUAGUCCACAUCUCACUCGACGGCGGUACGGAGGGUACAGCUCGCCUACAAGUCCCCAAAACCAAGGCCACGACAGGGCAUGGGUUGUGCGCCGCUGCGUCUACGUCUUCAUUGCGCUCGCGGGCUUCGCCGCCCUGUGCGUCGUGAUUCGGUUCUACAUGUACCGCGACCGAAAGCGACGCCGACGCGGCGAGCCCGUGGUGCAUGGGCGCAACGGUCGCCGAUGGCUCAAGUGGCACAAUCAGCACGAGUCCAACGCCGACGAUGGUCCUGUACUUGCUGGAAAGCACGCGGGGGAUAGAGAAGCCGAAGCGGGAGAGCAUGGUACUGCAGACGUGCCAGAGAAGCCGAGGCCAUCUCAUGCGAAGCCAACGCGAGAGAUGCACUAUGAAAAGGAUCCGAAUCCGAAUAGCUUGCUCAACGUGUAG